AUGUCAGGGAAGGAGGGUGUCGACCCGAUCGUCCCCAAAUUCUCCUCAUUCAGAUCCAAGGAGCACUCGGCAGACGGCAAGGCGUCGGACGUUGGCGUCCCAUCAGUCCCCAACUUCGCGUCUUUCAAAGGCCGAGACUCCAAGGAGGAUAGUUCCAACGAGGGAAAAAAUGGGGACCAUGGUGAAGAGAGGCGUAAACGCCGUCGUUCGGAGAGGGAGCACGACGACAGCCAUCGCCAUCACUCGAAGCGCCACCGAGACCACCACCACCACCGGAGCGAGCACAGGACGAGGUCCCGUUCCCGUAGUCCCAGGCGCAAAACGGAAUCUCGCAGUCUUGACUCUCGCUCCUGCCGCGAUGGCGUCGGCAGGGACGGGGGCCCAAAGAAGACAUCCGACGUCUUCUUCAUCGACAAGAAGGGAGACCCGCUCAUCGCCAGGUAUGGUGGCAUCGAACGCUCCAAGAUCCCCCCUUAUCGCCGCUACGGUGGAGGCCAGGUUCUGGGGACGCCCGGCCGCCUGAUUAUUCACCGUGACGGACCGCGGGACCAGUUCAGCUUGCGCAUGCCAGGCGAAGGAUCGGGCUUUUUCAAGGACAAGGAUGGGCUGCGGGACAAGAGGCUGCGGCUCAGACAGCAGGCCAUCGAUCUACGCCCGCGUCGACGCAAGGACACGUCGGCGACGGGCGAAGAAGAAGAAAGAGAGGAAGAGGGAUUUCUGUCCCUUUCCAGUUCAAGAUCUGGCGAAAGGCAUCGGAGCGAGGAGGACUCUCCUGAUGAGACACAGCCCAACUACCGCUCCAUCGAGGGCAAAGCAAAGGCGCGUACCCUCGCUGACAGUGAGGCCGGCGAUGAUUCCGGGUCGGGAGACGAGGACGUGGUCCCCCUGGAGCAGAGCAAUCCCCUCAAGUGGCGCUCCGUUCAGCUGAGCCGCCGCGUCAAGGACAAUCCAGAGGAUAUAGACGCUUGGAUUGAGCUCGUGGAACACCAGGACGUGCUGCUACGGGCGGGCCAGAGCCUUGACUACACAAUUUUUGAGAACGAGGCGCACAGCUAUUCUGAGAUCAAGGUGUCGAUACUCGAGUCUGCCCUACCACACACCUCGAACCCCAGGGAUAGAAGCCGCGUGCUCAACUAUCUGAUGCGUGAAGGCGUCAAGGUGUGGAACUCCAAGACCGCCGCCAAGAAGUGGUCCGAGGUGGAACGGGACGAGGAACACAACUUUAUCCUCUGGAAGAUCCAUCUAGACUUUUGCACGUCGGACAUAGCCUCGUUCGAGUACGACCAAGUCAGGCAGAUUCUCGUUACUCGACUUCGCGCAGCCAUCGCCCGAUCAUCGUCCGGACACCGGCAGAACGACUUCUCAGAGGCCAUCUAUGUAUUUCUGAGAGCGACGCGAUUUAUCCACGAUGCCGGCUACAAGGAACUAGCGGUGGCAGCCUGGCAGGCGCUUUUGGAACUCACAUUUUUCAGACCUAACGGUAUGGAUGGGAGCCAUGAUUCCUUGGUUGCCUUCCAGGAAUUUUGGGAGAGCGAGGUGCCUAGGAUAGGCGAGGGAGAUGCCCUGGGAUGGAGACAGUUUGCCGAGUCUGGCUCUGGUGGAGAUGCCCCUGAUCCAGUACGGUACGAAUCGGAAACAGCAGCGCCAGUGAAGGAUGCAUACAAGGCCUGGGCAGCCAUUGAGCAGCGCAGGGCGACAACAGCUCGACUGCCAGCACGAACCAUGGACGAGGGGACAGAGGACGACCCGUUCAGGGUUGUCAUGUUUGCUGACAUCGAGCCUCUUCUUUUCAUCAUCCCUGAUACUGUACUGCCGCAUGUCAGGAGCCAGCUUCUGGAUGCCUUUCUACUAUUCUGCGGAUUGCCCCCAUAUUGCCGGUCGGAUGAGUGGACCGAGACAGCGUGGCUGGAUCCGUUCUUGACAGGGGCCAGGGGCGCACUUGAUACGCAAGGCUCAUGGGAGAAGCAGCCCGUGGAAGAGACUGCUGAUGACGACAGCCGACAAAGACCGGCAUUCUCCUCUGUCAGCUUUCACGCCGCAAGCGUUUCCGACAAUCUGUUCCAAACCCAAGACUGGUUCGGGUACCUGGGCUCUGCUUCAGCGCUGUCGCAGACGGUCGAGUUGGGCUGGGCAUGUAAUGUUACCCGACGGCUGGCCCUCGACGCGGGCAUACAAGAUCUCGCGGCCUAUCACCUGGCUCUGAGUUCACUCGAUACGUCAUCCAGCGUCAAGAAGGUGGCCAGGAUGCUUCUGAAACAAUACCCCACCAAUCUGGGACUGUAUAACGCUUAUGCCAUGGCCGAAUAUGCCCAGGGCAACAGGGAUGUCGCCGCUAAGGUCCUCAGCUCGGCGGGCGAUAUUGACAAGGGUGAGAAUCCCGGCUCCAGUCUCCUGCUUUGGCGGUCCUGGGCAUGGAUAGAACUCGAAAGUGGACACAGACAUUUGGCUGUAAAGCGCCUGUGCUCGUCUGUGGACGAGCCUUUACGCAGAAUUCCCGAUGAUGAGUACCAGGCUACAGGGUCUCAGAUAUUGAAAGCACGGCUUUUCUUCGCGUCCCCCGCGGGGGAGGCAGCACCGUCGAAGGAGGGUGGACUUCAAACUCAUGCUGAGUGUCUGGCCCUGCUUGCCUACUUGACAACGGAAGGCUGCACAGAGCCAAGUUCUGGGACACAGGGCAACAUAGCUGCUGCCAUGGACAGCAUUGAUAGAUCAUGUCAUGAGUUGAAGUUUCACAAUGCCGAGGGCACCUUGGCUCACGAGGGGUUGCUCCAAUUUGCAGCGCGACUGCUGUACUUCAACGCGACACGAGGGCCAUCACGGAGAGCGUAUACCAGAGAGCAACUCACCAAGUUUCUCACGUGGUUCCCCCAAAACACCAUGUUCCUCUCGCUCCUAGAAUGGUCGGACUCGAGUCUCCGUGUCGUUGAUGAGACACGUGCUCUCCUUCGAGCACGAGCUGAGCCGGGGGAACGUCAAUACGACCAGGGCAGCGCUGGACCGGGCCGUGACGAUGAGCGAUACAUCCAGGUUCAGCGUACAGGUCUGGACAUCAUACAUUCGAUUCUGCCACGCGCACAAGGAACUGCGGCACAGGGCCAAAGACGUGUUCUACCGAGCACUGAAGCACUGCCCAUGGUCCAAGGUGGUCAUGAUGGAGGCGUUUGGGACGUUGGCCGGAGAGAUGACGUCUGA